UAAAGUUAAGAAUCACAUGAGCCGUCUGCAUUGUAAAUAGUCAGAGCUGUGGCUUGCGUCUGAAAUUAAUUUUUGGUAUGAUACGGCGACGAACGAUUUCUUUCGUUUGGACAUUUAAGUUAGUGUGUUUCGUUUCGUAAGGAUAGCUUGACUUGUCGCACGCAAACAUGUUGUCAGCAGAUAGAAUGAAGUUCAAUUUAGGUUUAGUAGGAUAAUGUUCUAAUCAGUUAUCAGUAAUGCCAGUGUAGAAAACUAUAUGUAGCUAAACUUACUAUAGUAUCUUUGGGUUGUUACCAACAAUGUCUCAACUUAUGGAUUCAGAAGAGAACACUCCAUUGCUGAAAGAUGAUUCCAGGAGUGAUGACUGUCAAGGGGAUGACUACAAGAGUAGGUGGCGGUCUAUUCGAGUCAUGUACUUUACGAUGUUCCUCAGCAGUGUUGGUUUCACAAUUGUCAUAACAUCAUUAUGGCCCUAUCUGCAGAAGAUCGACAGCACCGCCAACGCCAGUUUCCUGGGCUGGGUGGUGGCAGCCUACAGUUUGGGCCAGAUGCUAGCCUCUCCACUGUUUGGCCUGUGGUCCAAUUACAGGCCCAGGAGAGAGCCGCUGGUCUGCUCCAUAUGCAUCAACGUCUUUGCCAACAUCUACUACUCGUACGUCUACCUGCCCUCCACCGAGAACAAGAUCCACAUGCUUAUGGCUCGAGCCUUUGUAGGCUUCGGUGCAGGUAACGUGGCUGUGGUGAGGUCCUACGUGGCCGGGGCCACGUCUCUGAAGGAGAGGACCGGGGCUAUGGCUAACAUGAGUGCCUGCCAGGCCUUGGGCUUCAUCCUGGGACCAGCUUUGCAGGCAGGGUUGUCCUUCAUUGGUGAGCAGGGUCUCAAUGUGAAAAUCAUCAACCUCCAGUUCAACAUGUACACAGCCCCAGCUCUGUUGGCUGCAGGCUUUGGGGUCAUCAAUAUCCUGCUUGUUGUAUUGGUCUUAAGGGAACACCGGGUCGACGAUAGCGGGAGACACAUCCGAUCCAUCAAUUAUGUGUCAGAAGAACAUGUGGACGUGAGCCAGGAGACGGUCGAGGAUACCGACCAAAUCGCCGUGUUGACCUCCAACAUCCUCUUUUUCGUCAUCAUGUUUGUCUUUGCUGUCUUUGAGACCAUCUCGACCCCUCUGUCUAUGGACAUGUUCGCCUGGACCAGGAAGGAUGCAAUUCUGUACAAUGGCCUGAUCAUCUCCUUAAUCGGCGUAGAGUCCAUCUUUGUGUUUAUAGCCGUGAAGAUGAUCUCACAAAGGGCUGGAGACAGACCUGUGCUACUAGGAGGCUUGAUCAUCAUAUUGUGCGGCUUCUUCAUCCUCCUCCCAUGGGGGAACCAGUACCCCAACAUCCAAUGGGCAGAUCUCAAGAACAAAACACUGUCCCUAGAGACUUUUAUACCCACCCCGGCCUCCAAUAGCUCCUUUGAGCCCACUGGCUGUCCGGCCGAGCAGACCUGGUGCCAGUACACCCCGGCCAUCCACCUGGCCCAAUACAUCGCCUCGGAUGUUCUCAUAGGGGUGGGUUACCCAGCCUGCAACGCUAUGUCCUACACACUCUACUCCAAAGUCUUAGGCCCAAAGCCACAGGGUAUGUACAUGGGCUGGCUGACUGCUUCAGGCAGCGGGGCCCGGACCCUGGGCCCUGUGUUUGUCUCACAGGUGUACACCAUUUUGGGGCCCCGCUGGGCCUUCAGCCUCAUCUGUGUCAUUGUGCUGGGGGCCAUAGUGCUCCUGGGGGGGCUCUACCACAGACUCAUCGCCUUCUCUGUGCGUCACGGGAGGAUCAUAGAGUAGAUCAUGGAGGAAUCUCCCCUCAUGCUUCUCCACAGCUUUGUUCAGUCUAUUUUAGGACUUUGAGCCCAAAAUGUGUCACAUUUCCACAAGUAUAUGUUGUCGCCACUGGGAUGUGGUAAAUGCGUUAGUUUGUCUCAGGGUUGACUGUUUGGUCAUGAAAUACGUUUGGGUCAUAUUAGGUGAAUGGUGAUGUGUUAGGGCCUAGUCUCUUGCUGAAAUGAAGCUUGUGUAAUCGUUUUACCCAUAUGGCCUUGAUAAGCUUGCCCAUCUUGAAGGUCCUUGACUCCUUUGAGGGACCACUUUUUAUUUUAGCUGAAAAUGUAUUAAUUAAUAUAGGUUAACCUUGUUACUGAGUUCAUUCAGUUACUUUUACAAGAUUUCAAUAUUGCUUUUCAAGAUGUUCAUUGGCUAGUAGUUAAAAUACUAGUUGAAAUAAGCUUAUUUGAGCAAAAAUACUAGUUGAAAUGAGCUUAUUCGAGCUAAUAAUACCUGUCUUAAACUUUUAAACAAAGUUUAAAACAGGCAAAUACCAUAACUAUAAAGAUAUGUGAUUCAGAAUGAUAGGAAUGUUAAUUAUUUUGGCUUGUUCUGAUAAUUAUGUUUCUGUAUGUGUGUGUAUAUAUACAGUGCCCUCCAAAAGUAUUGG